AUAAGCGCGCGGCACGGCCGGAAGUGGCGAAUUUGAAACCUGCUGCCCGAAGAACAGCUCGAUGUAAAGUGCUGUGCUUUGUUUUUGUAUUUGAAAGAAAUUUCUUUAAAGCAUAGGAUCGUAUCGAUAUGGAGAAUGAGGAGAAGACAGACAGAAUGUUGCAGUUUGCUCUGUUGUGCCAGAAGCUGAAAAACAUUAAAUCUACCUUUCUCUCUGAUGAUGAUAUCAGUCCAAAACAAACAGAUGACAUCUACCAGGUCCUCAGCUCCAAUUCGCCGGAGGCAUGUCUGACCUACCUGGUGAACCUGGAGAAGAGAGGCAAUCCCCAGACCGAUCCAAUCCUCCUGACCAAGCUGAUGGAUGGCUACACUCGCGUGUUCUCCUGUCUGCCUCUGGACAAGCACAGCCAGAAUGAGAGCUAUGCCAAGAUGCUUGUCCGGUUUGCAGAGCUCAAAGCGAUUCAGGAUCCGGAUGAAGCUCAGGACAGCUUCAUUGUGGCAAGGUCCAACAGCAAGAUGUUUGCCUUCGUGCAUAUCGCACACGCGCAGUUCGAGCUCUCUCGAGGAAAUGUGAAGAAAAGCACUUCGAUACUGCAGAGGGCCUUCUGGACAAAUGCAAAGCCAACCGAGCUGCUGGAGACAGCUUUACAGAACCUGAAGGCGGGGAAGGCGCAGCUCCUUCCCCAGGAGGAGAAGGAGAAUAUCGCCUGGUUUGGUGGAUCUGCCGAUUUGACACCAACGCUGUCUGUCACACAAGCCCCAACAAAAAGCAGCCGGCCGUCCCAGGGCACCGGGGACCUGCAUUUGGGUGGUUUGCUCUGUUCUAGCAUGGAUCAGAAGAGCAGCUUUCUGGAGGACCCACUUCCGGGCUGGAGGUCCAGUUCCCAACGGAAAAAGCCCAGUAAUAUGCCAGGCAGGGUGCCCCUCGUGCCCCUGCCCAUCCCUGAGGAUGAUGAUGAUGAUGAUGGGAGGCCUGUGAAGAAGAACGAUGGCUCUGGUCCAAGCAGUUUAAACUGGCAAGCAUCUGGAGCUAAAGCCAACCCCGUCUUUUCCCUCUCCUCGUCCAAGAAAAGCAGUGGCGAUGGGGACUCGUACACCCUGCUGAAUCGAAAGCCGUCAAUCAUCAGUCCUGAGCCUCGCCCGUGGGAGGAUCCAGGGUCGGUGGAUUCCACAACCACACUCCUACAUAGGCCGGAGAGGAAGGGAUCCCUCUGGUCGGAAGACAACACCGAAAGUAUAAAGCAGGUCCUCAGCUCCAACUCCCCGGAGACCUGCCGGACCUACCUGGUGAACCUGGAGAAGAGGGGCAACCCCCAGACCGACGUAAGCCUCCUGACCAAGCUGAUGGAUGGUUACACCCGUGUCUUCUCUUCUCUGCCUCUGGCUAAACACAGCCAGAAUGAGAGCUAUGCCAAGAUGCUGGUCCGGUUUGCAGAGCUCAAAGCGAUUCAAGAUCCGGAAGAAGCUCAGGACAAUUUCAUCGUGGCAAGGUCCAACAGCAAGAUGUUUGCCUUUGUGCAUAUCGCACAUGCGCAGUUUGAACUCUCUCAAGGAAGUGCAAAGAAAAGCGCUUUGAUACUACAUAGGGCCUUCGGAGCGAACGCCAAACCCACCGAGCUGCUGGAGACAGCUUUACAGAACCUAAAGGCAGGGAAGGCGCAGCUGCUCCCCCUAGAGGACAAGGAGAAAGUCACAGGAAGUUCUGCUGGUGCGUUGACUGAGACACGGGACACGCUGGGUUGCAGCCAGGGCGGUGCUUCGAGCUCGGGGCCCUACAGACCGAUGUGUAAGGAGAUCUCCACGGACUGGAAGAUUCCGGCUCGGAUCAACAGACACCCAUCUGCCGAGGAGAAGCCUUCUCCGUUCAUUUCUGUGCCCGCCCCCGCCCCUGCCCCUCCCCUCCUGCCAGCCACCAGAGGAAGCUCUACCCUCACUUGUCAGACGCCCAACUACAAAACUCUCAGUGCCACCAGCUACGCUACUCCAGUCCAAAAGAACCCACCUCAGUGUGCCCCCAGCACAGUGCCCCGUGGCCCCGCCCCUUCCCAGCAGCCCUGCACCCCUCUGAACCAGAUGUCCCAUCUGCAGCAAACCCCUCAGGGUUUGGGUGCUACAUUUUCGAAUGACUCCAUCACAAUCAAAGGCAAACAAUUCUUCAUCCUGAAGAUGAUUGGUCGAGGCGGAUCCAGUAAGGUGUACCAGGUGUUGGACCACCGUAAACAGCUAUUUGCCGUGAAGUACGUGAAUCUGGAGGAGGCUGACAUCCAGACGGUGGCGAGCUACAAAAAUGAGAUCGAGCACCUUAACCACCUGCAGCAGUACAGCGAUCAGAUUAUCAAGCUUUAUGACUAUGAGAUCACAAACAGUUACAUCUACAUGCUAAUGGAGUGUGGAAACCUGGACCUGAACACCUGGCUGCGGAACCGAAAGGAGGUCAACCCCCUAGAGAGGAAGCUCUACUGGAAGAACAUGCUGGAGGCGGUGCAGACCAUCCACAGGCAUGGAAUCGUCCACAGUGACUUGAAACCGGCCAAUUUCGUGAUUGUGAACGCCACACUGAAGCUCAUCGACUUCGGCAUCGCCAACCGCAUCCAGCCGGACGUGACGAGCAUCAUGAAGGACUCGCAGCUGGGCACUCUGAGCUAUAUGCCACCGGAGGCCAUCAAAGACACGUCCAAGGGAGGGAAGCCCGGCUCCAAGAUCAGCCCAAAGGGUGACGUGUGGUCGCUGGGCUGCAUCCUAUACUACAUGACCUAUGGGAAGACACCCUUCCAGAGCAUCACCAACCAGAUCAGCAAGCUCCACGCCAUCAUCGACCCCUCGCACCAGAUCGACUUCCCCGACGUCGCCGAGAAGGACCUGCUGGAUGUGCUGAAGCGCUGUCUGGUGAGGAACCCUAAGGAACGCAUCUCCAUAGCCGAGCUCCUAAGUCACCCCUACUUGCAGCUUCAGCCGCUACCGUCGCCCAAUCCACCUCAGCCAGCUAAUGCCGACCUGCAGCGCAUCCUUAAUGAACUGGCAGCUCUGCAGUCCCCCAACAGCAUCGCCAGGGCAGCCAGUAAUCUGGCGCGGAUGUGCAAUAGCGGCAAGCGGCUGGAUGUGUCCGAGUGCCUGAAGGCUUCCAGCCAGACAUCCGGGAAGAUGUGAGGUGUUCCACAGAUCGCUUGGCACCUACGUCUCAGCCACAUUCCGAGGCAGGCCAGCUGCCACAUCUUCAGCCCCCAGAAGAUGCCCGCUCCUGAGGACAUUCCUUUCGAACCCAGUCCUUUCUGGAGACACUCCUUGCUUGUUGAACGUGCACGUUUUGCAAACCUGUUUCAGCUUGGAUCCUCCAGCUCCAUGUGUCCUGCUGGGGGCGCUCUAGCAGGUGCUAUCAGACCACUAUGAGAAGAAGACUGCUAACCUAUGCUAGGAGACACCAUGUACAGUCUUCAUGUAACUCUUCAUUGAAUUGCUAUGACACUUUGUUUUUUGUUUUAUCUCUUACUCUAAGACAAAAUUACAACCCUCUGACAAAUAAACUUAAUAUAAGAGAAUUUUAAA